AAAUUAAUAACGAUUAAAAGCUCUAUAUCUGAGAUAGGGUGGAAACCUGAAUACCUCCCAAGGCUCGAAAAACUCGUGCAUACCAUAAACACGCUUAUGAUUCACAUUUUUGCUCUAAUCAAAUUUAUAUUCAUCAGUGAAUUAAAAAGAUGUGAAGCGUUCGAUAUCGAAAAAUAUGCUGAAAAAGACUUCUACAUACAAGUUUUUUUCGUCACUUGUACAACAUACGAAGAAGUUACCACCUACAAAAUCAACUAA